GAGCCGAGCCGAGCCGCGCCGAGUCGAGCCGAGGUCGGUUCGGGCGGCUACGGCGGCGCCAGCGGAUGUAAACCUUCGUCUAGUCGUCGCUCUUUUGCCCGUCUCCCGCCUCCGUUCGGCCAUUGUCCUGCUGGCCGAGCGACCAUUGUCGACGGUGCCUCUGACCGUGUGGCCAGUCGUGAAUGUGAUUUCUUAUCAUGUCUGCCACACACCGUCGACGAUCGUUCCUAA